AAGCAGCCUGCCUCUGACGUAAUCACGUUGACAGCGUCUGUUUCCCAUGGCAACUAGACGCGUCUGCUUCUUUCGAGGAUGGAUUCCUUCACAGAGAGAGAAAUAUCACAGAUCGCGAGACAACAGCGAGAUGUGGGUCUGCAGAGGCUCAGCAGUCACUUCUCAUGGCCAGAGUUCUGCGAUGACCAGCAGCGCUUCCAUCAGGACUUUGUGUAUGAUGUCACCAUGUACGCCUCAGACCGUGGCUUCCCCUGGCCGGAUGUGAUCCGGACGGCGGUGAUGGCCAAAGACAUCUUUCCACGACUGGAAGGGCUUGACAUACCUGGCCUUCUGUCCUUGUUGGGAGAUGCACUGGCUGAGUGUUUUCCAAACAUCACCUCCGCCCAGCGACAUGAAUUCACCAACUUCCUCACAAGCACCUGCACCACUCGACGGAGGCUAUUCCAGGCGGUGGUGAGGGGAGCCGUUAGUGUUACUAUAGCUCAGCGGCACCUGGAGGUGGAGUUGCCGCCAACACCUUGUCCUCUAGCACAGGGAAUGGAUCCGUGUGAUUGGGAGCAUCAGUGUCAUCAAGCCAAGCUGACCUUAUUGUUACAACAGAAGGCAGAGGAGCUGAGGGUGCUUCGAGAAGGUGCACGGGUCACUCUUGGGGAGGUCAGUGUUCCUGAAGAUGAGGAGCUUAAUGAACAGGAGAUUUUGGCCUUGGUGCGUACGGCCGUGAGGACCACACAAGACCAGAUGCUUGCAAGUCUGACUGAUGAGGCUUCCCUGCUUUGUGAUAUCCAGCAGAUCAAGUUGCAGCAGGCAGCAUUGGCCACAGGGGGGCUCCAUAACCCUGUUCUUGCAGAAACAAGUCAAAGCAGCUCAAACCUUGAUGCUCCUGUGAAGGCAUCACCAAACAGUGCAAACUCAAAAACAGAGCGGAGGGAGUCCCGGAGUAAGAAGCGAUGACGUUUUAAUAAUAAAUGGUGUAUGGACUGAG